UCAGUUUUGUGAGUGAGGUUUGUGGUGACGCCAUGUUUUAGUCUCGGUCUGUGGCUUGCCGCGUGACGGGGUCGUUUUGUGGUUUGGGAGGGGCUGGGCGGUGGUUGGGUGGAGGGUUGGGUGGUGGGUGGGUGGCUGCUUAGCCUAGUGGCUGGCUGGCUGCCUGGAUGGAUGGGUGGGUGGGUGAGGUUGGCAAGCUUUCAAGCAAGCAAAUAAGCAUGCCUUGGCCAGAGAGGCGAGCAUGUGGUCAUCACCUCCACCCAACCCAACCGCCUUUCUGGGUAGCCAGCCCACCCAAGACGCUGGGCUCGGGGUCUAGAAUACGGACAAAGGAAGGAAUAAAGGAAGGAAAGACGAACAAGAAAAAAGAAGAAAACAAAAAAAAAAAAAAAAAACAAGGAACCAUAUGCCUGCCACGUGCCAAGCAGGCACAUGAAGACGAAAGAAAAGAAAAUAGUAGAAAAGGAAAGAAAAAGAAAAAGAAAAAAGAAUGGUUCAGCAGUCCGGGGCUCAGGUUGGAUUGGGUUGGGGCGAGCGAGGGUCCAUACCUUAGGUACCUACUGUACUAGCAUUUCAUGGCGGGAAAUUAAGCCACGGAGGAGGACCCUGAUUUCCGAUUAAAGCUGGUUGCUGGGAUGAUGAUGAUGACGCCGCUACUCCUACGGCCGGCCACCCACCACCCACCACCCCC